UGCAGCAGCAGCCUAUUACAGGCAAUGGGCCCAACUCAGGCCGGGGCAUAGGGUUGAACGCUCACCCCGGGAUGCACCCCCUAAACUCGGUUCAUCCAUCUUCUCAACAUCGCCCCGAUGGAGAGUCGGGCCUCGAAGGAACAGAAAAUGGACAUGAAAACCGCAGAGACAUUGGAGAUAUUUUGCAACAGAUAAUGACCAUUACCGACCAAAGCUUAGAUGAAGCUCAAGCAAAAAAACAUGCAUUGAACUGUCAUCGAAUGAAACCGGCUUUGUUCAGUGUGCUGUGUGAGAUCAAAGAGAAAACCGGCCUGUCAAUGCGAAAUGCCCAGGAGGAGGAACCACAGGAUCCACAGCUCGUGCGAUUGGACAACAUGCUCCUGGCCGAGGGGGUGGCUGGUCCAGAAAAGGGGGGCGGAGCUGCAGCUGCGGUCUCCGCAGCGACCAGCUCAGGAGGGAUGUCACCGGACAGUUCCUUGGAACACUCUGAUUACAAAAGCAAGUUGAGCCAGAUUAGAACCAUCUACCAUACAGAGCUGGAGAAAUAUGAGCAGGCCUGUAGUGAGUUUACUACUCAUGUGAUGAACCUGCUGAGGGAGCAGUCCCGCACACGACCCGUCUCCCCUCGUGAAAUUGAGCGUAUGGUGGCCAUUAUCCAUCGCAAGUUCAGCUCCAUCCAAACCCAACUCAAACAGAGCACGUGCGAAGCCGUCAUGAUCUUGCGUUCCCGCUUCCUCGACGCCAGGCGCAAGAGACGUAACUUCAGCAAACAGGCCACAGAGGUUCUGAAUGAAUAUUUCUACUCCCACUUGUCAAACCCCUACCCCAGUGAGGAAGCCAAAGAGGAGCUGGCCAAACAAUGUGGCAUCACUGUGUCUCAGGUGUCCAACUGGUUUGGCAACAAGAGGAUCCGUUACAAGAAGAACAUUGGCAAGUUCCAAGAGGAGGCUAAUCUCUAUGCCAUGAAAACCGCCAUGGCAACACAGAGCGAGGACUCCCCUCACACCCCAAACUCCACCGGCUCAGGGUCCUUCUCGCUCUCUGGGUCAGCUGACCUGUUUCUUGGAGUUCCUCCAAUGAACGGAGAGCAGCCUCCUUACCACAUGGGGGCUCAGGACUCAGUGCCUCAUGCCCGAUUCUCAGACAGACUGUAUAGUCCCAGAGAGAGCAGGGUGAGAGACCCAUCACACACUCAUACUGUCUCAUACAGUAAACAACCACGCAAAGCAUGCUUCACAAUGGCAUUAACAGACUGCACAUUCCUUACAAUGGCCUAUCUGUUGUUUUGCUAUGGUUGCUCUAGAGUCUUAUGCUCAUCAUGUGUUAGCGUCACUGCUAAAAGCAUGCAUGCGUCCCCUUGCUCUUCCAUCACCGUAACUUCUGUGUAAGAC